UAAAUUUGAAGCAGAUUCGUGUAAACUACAGUGUCUCUUUCUCUGUUUCUAUACUUCCUCUACGGCUCCAAGCCUCCCAAAUUAGCAUACCUCUCCACAGGCAUGGCCACGGUUGCAGCCGGUGGAGCUAACAUCGGUCUUAUCAAUCCAUGCAACACCCAGAAACUGAUAAAACACCCAUCUCCAUCUCCAUUUCUUGGCAAGAAACUCAAACUCAAACUCUCUACAAAGACCAACCCCUCAAUUCCCAAAACGCUCGGAGCUUUGUCCUUGAAAGGUGAACUAAUUGAUGCAGUUCGGGAUCUCUUUGUGGGAGUGGGAGUGGGGUUGCCAUGCACUGUCAUGGAGUGUGGGGAUAUCAUUUAUAGAAGCACUUUGCCCAAGCCUGAUGGGUUAACCCUCACUGUACCUGGUGCGAUGUUGGCUUUGGGUGCUUUGUCUUAUCUCUGGGCUACUCCCGGUGUGGCUCCUGGGUUUUUUGACAUGUUUGUUCUUGCCUUUGUUGAGAGGCUGUUUAGACCAACUUUCAAGAAGGAUGAUUUUGUUUUGGGAAAGAAGAUAGGCGAGGGUGCUUUUGGUGUGGUUUAUAGAGUUUCAUUGGCUAAGAAGCCUAAUUCAAAGAAAGAGGGUGACUUGGUCUUGAAAAAGGCUACUGAAUAUGGUGCAGUCGAAAUCUGGAUGAAUGAGCGCGUGCGAAGAGCUUGUGCAAACAGCUGUGCUAGUUUUGUAUACGGCUUUCUUGAGAAUUCCUCAAAGAAAGGAGGAGAAUAUUGGCUUGUAUGGAAUUUCGAGGGGGAGGCCACACUUUCAGAUUUGAUGCAGAGCAAAGAGUUUCCCUACAAUGUAGAAACCAUGCUACUUGGAGAGGUCCAGAAUUUGCCGAAGGGCUUGGAAAGGGAAAAUCAAAUCAUUCAAACUAUCAUGAGACAGAUCUUAUUUGCCUUGGACGGUCUUCAUUCAACAGGAAUUGUGCACAGGGAUAUCAAGCCGCAAAAUAUUAUUUUCUCUGAAGGGUCUCGUACAUUUAAAAUCAUUGAUCUCGGAGCUGCAGCAGAUUUGAGAGUGGGCAUCAACUAUAUUCCAAAGGAAUUUCUUUUGGAUCCAAGAUAUGCUGCACCAGAGCAAUAUAUCAUGAGUACACAAACUCCAUCUGCACCCUCAGCGCCAGUGGCAACUGCACUUUCGCCUGUUCUGUGGCAGAUGAAUCUGCCAGAUAGAUUUGAUAUCUACAGUGCUGGUCUCAUUUUCCUACAAAUGGCAUUUCCAUCGUUAAGGACAGACAGUAGCUUGAUUCAAUUCAACCGUCAGCUAAAGAGGUGUGAUUAUGACUUGAUUGCUUGGAGGAAAACUGUAGAGCCUCGCGCUAGCCCUGAUGUCAGGAAGGGCUUUGAGCUGCUGGAUUUAGACAAUGGGAUAGGAUGGGAACUUCUGACAUCAAUGGUUCGAUACAAAGCAAGACAAAGAAUCAGCGCAAAAGCAGCUUUGGCUCACCCUUACUUCGAUAGGGAAGGACUACUAGCUUUGUCCUUCAUACAGAAUCUGAAGCUGCAAUUCAUCAGGGCUACACAGCAGGAUUACGGGGAAGCUGCCAACUGGGUAAUCAAUUUAAUGGCAAAAUCUGGGACAGAGAAAGAAGGUGGCUUCACAGAAGCACAGCUUCAGGAACUCAGAGAUAUAAAGCCAAAGAAGAAGCCGAGUCCACAAAGAAAUGCUCUUGCGUCAGCUCUUCGGCUUCAGAGGAAGAUUGUUAGAACAUUGAAUGAGAGCAUGGAUGAGCUUAGCAGACGCAGCAAAAGCUUAUGGUGGAGCAGGUGGAUCCCCAGAGAGGAUUAGAGUUGUAUAUACAGUACAAACAAUUUCUUUUUUGUUCUUUUUUGGAUGUAAAUUUUGUGUAUUAAUGACAACUGACCAUCCUCUUCGAAACACAGUAAUGAUGAUAAAGGAAUUUAGCUGGAAUUCUAUAGGAACAUACCAGGAAUCUUUCGAAUGCACGUGUGAGUGCUAUUGUGAAUAAUAAAAGGUUUAGUACAGUUCUGAAUUAAACUGAAACUGCUAUGAA